ACUAAAUGGGUCAGCUCGUUACGUAUCGAUGUUAAAAAUUCUAAUUAAAAUGACAAUAGCUUAGUUCCUCUGAGUUUGACAGAAUUAGAAAUUAGGUUAUGUUAAAAACUGUUUAAUAAAUAUACAAUGUGAAAAACUGGGACUAAAAUUGAUAUACAAAUAAAUAUGCUUGAAAAUGAUACCAUUUGCAGUAACAUUAAUAGCUCUGCUAUCAACAUGUGUUGCUGAAGAAAUAAUACUAAACUAUACAGUGGACUGCAAUACACUUCUUAUGGGGCAGUUUCUGUGCCCAGACCCUGCUUACAUACCACACAUGAUAGAUCCAAAAACACAGCAACUGCGGGGCUGUACAAAAGAAAAUACAGCCAAAGUACAGUGCAUAGCGGUCGAUGGUCUCAACUGCAGUGAAACUGGCAACAGUACCUUUUUCAAACAGAUGCCUUGUGAGUGGACAAACGGAUACUCAUUUGAGACUGCACUGCUACUAUCAAUAUUCUUGGGCAUGUUUGGCUUGGAUAGAUUUUACUUAGGAUAUCCUGCCAUAGGACUGGCUAAGUUCUGCACUCUUGGAUUUAUGUUUUUGGGGCAACUGGUAGACAUAAUCUUGAUAGCAACGCAAGUAGUUGGCCCAUCUGAUGGAUCAAGUUAUAUUAUUCCAUAUUAUGGACCUAGAGUACAUGUUAUUAGAAGUGAUAAUACAACUUACAGAUUAAAACAGGAUAAUUGGUGAUAUAGUAAUUAAGCUUAACUACAUGUAUAAAGAACUAGCUGGAAUAUAAAUAUUUUAUAAAUACUUUGUAUAUAGAUAAUUAGAUAUAGAAUUGGAAACAAAUAAUAUUCUCUAGAAUUGAAGCUGCU